GUCAGAUACUGUUGUUGCCCUGCAGAGCAGCCCCACACAAUCUCAUAGUGCUUAUGGACCCCCGCCUAGCUCGUCCAUUGCAAUAUAUGUAUUGCGUUUUUGAACGUGUGUUACAGCAUGCAGGUGCUUCAUUAUCGGACGUAGUGAUGCAUUUCGAGUGCAUACUUGGCCACGCCGCCUGCCGCCACAUAGCACCAUACCCCGAACCCGCAAAAACCUGGCUGUAUGGGCCGAGAAGGAAGUACUGUGCGUCAUGAGCCAGUUUCUCCUCCUGGUCUUCGCAAGGUUUUCACUGAAUAACCUUUCACGAGGUACGAUAGAGCGAUCGGAGUCAUGCAGGGAGUGUUAUCGUGAUAUUGUUAAUAGAGUGCUGCCAUCGCCCAUAUGCUCCAAUCACUUCCUGUGCAAGCACGGCUUUGAAACCUUGAAGCUGUGGUCAUUUUAUGUCGACCCGGAAGGGUCCAUAGGAACUGUCGAAUCAGCCUGAGCACACCUACAGGAGGGGAG